GAACGUCACUUCGAUCAAAAAACACCAAAUUAUAAAGGAUUGAAUUAUCUCGAGUACAAUCGAAUACAUUUCAUUCGGAUACCGCCAUACCAUAACCAUGUCUCAUUUGACUUACAGCAAUUACGAGGGUUACGGACAAAGGGCCAAACAAGAUCUGUGGUACAGCCAGGCUGUUAGAGUUGGAGAUGUUAUUGAAUGUUCCGGUCAAGGUGGAUGGGACCGCACAACUGAAGCCAUAAGCCCCGAUAUAGUUCUUCAGAUUGAACAGGCAUUUGAUAAUGUUGAGCGAACACUUAAAGUAGCCGGCUCGAAAGGUUGGGAAGAUGUGUUUUCCAUUAGAUCAUAUCAUGUGCCGGCGGACGAAAAAUCGUUGGAGACAAUGGUCAGGUGCUUGAAAAAGUACUGCCCGGAUCAUCAGCCAGUUUGGACUUAUCUUGGAGUUCCGAGGCUCGCAUUGGAGGAUAUGAAAGUGGAAAUUGAGGUGAGGGCUCAUGUGCCCCAAGACAAGAAAGCGUGAAUAUUCUGUAAUUAAUAACAAGAGAGAUGAUUCACACUCCUAGUAACAUAAUGAUUUUCA